CAUCCAUCCCUCCACAAUGACAGUUCCCAAAGACGAGGUGUCGCGCCUGGCGCUGACUUCGAUUCUCGGGAGUCUCCCCAAGGCGGAGCUCGACUCGAUUCUGUCCUCCCCGCCCUUCCUGCCGCAGUCCCACCUGCUGAACGCGCGCGACAUCGGCCUCGUCCCGGACUCGGCCGUGCGCCCAGGGCUCGUCUACCGCUCAGCGCAGGUCAGCACCGAAGCGCCAGCCGUCGCCUGGAUCAAGGAGCACGUCGCGGCCAUUGUCGACCUGCGCGCCGAGCGCGAGCGCAAGAAUAACCCCGACCCCGAGGUGCCUGGCGUGCGCGCAAUCUGGGAGCCGACCGAGACGAUCCGGCACGGCCUCAACCCGUCCGACUUUGUCGAGGGCGACGGCAGCUCGGCGUGGGGCGGGCGAUACGUCGACAUGCUGUCCGAGUUCCGGCCCACGCUGCGCGUCGUGCUCGAGCAUGUGCGGGAUAAGCCUGGCCAGGGGAUCCUCGUGCACUGUACUGCCGGCCGCGACCGUACCGGCGUCACCAUCGGCCUGCUGCACCAUCUUGCGGGCACGCCGCCGGCAGCAAUCCUGUACGACUACAUGCUCACGCGGCUCGGCAUCGAGCCCGGGCGCGGGGUGAUGAACGGCGCGCUCAAGGCUGCCGCGGGCAUCGAGAACGGCAAGGGCGAAGAGCUCGACUAUGUUGAGGCGCUCGCCGAGGCGGCCAAGAAGCCCGGGUUCUUGAACAUGGCCGAGCUGCGCCCUACCUUCUGGACCUUCCUCGAGAACGGCGUCGUCGAGCGGUUCGGCUCCUGGGAGCGGUACGUCCGCCUGCCGUACCCUGACGGCGGGCUGGGCUUCUCGGACGCCGACGUGGAGGCGAUCAAGCGGAACCUGCGCAGGCCGCAGUCUGUGCUGUAGCGCGGGGUGGUGGUGUAGAGAUAGAAGGGCGGUAUGGAAU